AUGGUCACAAUUACUACCGGAGAACCAACAAGGUGCCCGUCCGAGAAGGUACGCCGUCUAAUAGUCCAUAGUAGUAGUGGUAGUAACAACACCCAGCAAAGACCAAAUUAUUGCUUUGACCACCUUCGGUCAUUCGUUACAGUUGGAUCCAAAAACCCACUCCUGUCCAGAAUGUUGUUAUCUGAAGUUUCACGGGGUAGUAAGUUGUUAAAAGUUUUGGAUUUGAGACGUCAAAAGACACUGAAGGAAAUACCAAAUGGGAUUUUCAAAUUGUUUCACCUCAAGCAUCUGGACCUACAUGGUACAGGAGUGGAGAGAGUCUCAAAAGGCAUUGGGAAGCUUCAACACUUGGAGUAUCUGGAUUUGGGAAAAACCAGAGUUAUGGAAUUACCUAUGGAAAUCCUAGAGCUGCAAAAACUUCGGGCUCUCAGAGUAUAUCAACAAGUUGAUUCUUCCGAUAAUGAUUAUGGAUUUCAUGGAUUUAAAGCUCCCUUGAAUAUGGGAGGGCUUCUUGUCCUAGAAGUAUUAGACUGCAUAGAUGCAAGUAGUGGAUCCACAAUAGUUAAGGAGAUAGGAAAGUUGACCCAAUUAAGAGAAUUAUGUAUUACUAAGUUAAGAAGAGAAGAUGGAAAAGAGCUCUGCUCCUCCCUUGCCAACCUCACCAAUCUUCGGGAAUUAAGUGUUGAAUCAAUUGGAAAAGGUGAUGAUCAUGAGAUAAUCGAUCUAAAUCAUCAUCAUCCUUCUCUUUCUUCUUCUUCAUCGUUUCUUCAAUCUCUUCGUAUGUUGCUUUUGUGUGGCCGCUUAGAAAAGAUGCCACAAUGGGUAGCUCAUCAACACGGCUUGGUAAGAAUAGAUUUGAAUUGGAGCGGGUUAAGGGGUGAGGAGAAUCCGCUUGAAUCCCUCCAACAUUUGCCCAAUUUGGGUGAAAUUAAUUUCUGUGGAUCUUACCAGGGAGAAGGGUUGUGUUUCAAGGCUGCAGGGUUCCUAAAGCUGAAGGAGAUGCACUUAAAGAGAAUGGAAGGGUUGAGAUGGAUGAGAGUGGAGGAGGGUGCAUUGCCUCGUCUCCAAACACUAAUCCUGGAAAAACUUCCAUCACUAGAGGAGCUGCCUAUGGGUAUUCAGUAUUUGAUCCAGCUUCAACGGCUUUCUUUGUAUGAGGUGGGUUCUCAAUUGAGAGAGAAGCUGUUAGAGAAUCAGAAGGAAGAAAGUGAAGAUCACAGAAGAAUCGCACACAUUCCUGAAAUUCUCAUUGGUUACUAUACAGAUGAUAGGAAAUGGAGACAGCACCAGCUAUGGGAGGAGAAGAAGAAAACAUAG